AUGGCAACUGCAACACAUCUCUCGCUCUCUGCGGUCAAUAAUCGUGGCCAUAUUCAUGCUGGCAGGAUAUCGCAAAGAACAGCCGAUAGGGUUAGUGAAUUGUUGAUGCAUAAUCAUGAAAAGUUCCAUAUACUUUUUCACGGACGUGGACUACAUAACCACAUACUUCACCAUCUUCUCGCGAUAUAUGCACUCGGCGCCUCGCCUGGAGAGGUGCAACGAGCUUAUGAUACUAAUGUGCAGUAUCAACUCAAUAUGAAUGAGCCGUCACCGGACAUUGCAGAUAGGAUGCAUGACGCGAAGGUGUUUCAGCAAUAUGUUGGGAAUCAGAAACAUUAUAAUAACUUUCUCCGAUUUUUCACCCUUGAAAUUGCCGAAAGGGGUGUUGAAGGAACGCUGACGGAGUAUUUAUUCAAAGGAGAUGAGAGAGCAAAUGAUAUCCUAGCAAGAUUAUAUGAUGGUCUGCUACAUCCGGUGAUUCACCUUGGCUAUGGAAUUGAGUUUCAACAACCACUUAUCGUCGCUGAAGCAUUGGCCCAGGCCGCAAUCACAGAAAGAUGGCUUGAAGAUACAUGCGAUCUCGUAACAGAGAGGAUUCAACAACAGAGCUCAUCUCAGACACCUAGUGCGAACCCCUCACUUCUAUCUCUAUACGAGCGUCUCCGGGAUAAUCCAGUAAUAUCAAACAGCGUUCGCCCUAACGACCCACCGAAUAAAUUGCGAGAUGGCCUAAUUGCGCGCGCAAAAGAAGAGAUAGUCCCGUAUCUCGCGGAAUAUACCGUACAGCCACAUCAACUAGAGCGAAAGGUUGCAGAGUUGGCGAAUUCAAGCCUGUACAUUGCUGCAUCAGCACAACGGCCAGGAAAAGUCGAAAUGUUUGAUUUCUUCCUCAUGCACUCUGUCAACGCAUCUAUCUGGUUCACAGUUUUCAUAAAGCAAGACUGGAUUCCCGAUCAAGUCAAAUGUAGACUUGUUGAGAUCAAAGGCUGGUCUGAUCUCAUUACAUACGCAGCCUGCAGGACUCCAGCUUUUCGAGCCACGAGCUACGAUGAUGACGGCCACACGGCUAAAUUUAUCCGUGCUAUUCGUAACGUUGAGCAAGUCUCUCGUAAUUUUUGCGGGGAGGAGGAAUUUCCGCUCAAUCCCGAGCAAUGUCUAACUAUUGCUCAUAUGGUCAUGGACUCGGUGGAGAGAAUGAAUAGUCCUGAUUAUCGGCUUCCGGAGCAGGUGACAUUCGCGCAGGGUAUUAAUGAGCAGGUAUUACGCAUUAUAUUUCGCUGGGUGCGAUGGAAUGGUCUUGAUGAGGCCUGGGAACACGUUCCUAGCAUUGAUAGUAGCUCCAGAUUGUAA